AUGGCAGCCAUCGCUGUUGAGAGAUAUGCCAAGUCUACCAUUGCUGGUCUGAUCUGCCGUAGUGUUAGAUCUAAGACCCUCGAGAAGGCCGGCGCGGAGGCCAGUGAAGCAGAAGCAACGGCAGAGGCAGUAGCUGGUGUUGAAGGUGCUGCCGGCGGCGUUGCGGGUGCAGCAAGUGUUACUGGAGCCGCUGAAGUAAUCGCCUUUCAAGGGGAAGCUCUGCUCAAGAUGUUGGCUAUUUCAGCAGGCCCCCAAAAUUUUCGGUUGAAGUAUUGA